AGUCCGGGCGUGGGCGGUGUCUGCGGAAAGAGAAACCGUACACCAGCAAAGUCUUUUAGCUUAAUGGAGCACUGAUCCUUUGAACAACCCCCCCUUCCUUGUUUCCCCCGAUUCUGGCUGCCCACAGCUGUAUAAAAAGCACUGCCCUGUUCCCCCACUGACAUUAUCCUUGCAAGCAUCCGACUUCAGGAGCCCGCCUUACACAGCCCAUCGCUACAAACACACUCCCCAUCCGGCGAGCCACAGCCUCAGCGAGGAAGGAAGGAACUCACCACUCCUCAGUCCUGAGAUGGCCAGCAGCGAAUGGACAGAGCUGGAGGCAGCCAUCGAGAAGAUCGUCAACAUCUUCUUCACGCAUGCGGGCCGUGAGGGCAAGAAGGGGACUCUGACGGCUGGGGAGUUCAAGGAACUUGUUCAUGAGCAGCUCCCGAACCUCAUGAAGGACGUCGGCGACCUCGACGAGAAGAUGAGGAGCUUGGAUGUCAACAACGACGAGGAGCUGAAAUUCGGAGAGUACUGGAGGCUGAUUGGGGAACUGGCCAAGGAUAUCAAGAGGGAGAAAGUGGGGAGAAAGAAGUGAAAGUCGUGGCACGGGUGGGUGGCCGUGGCUUGUGCGAGAGAGAGAGAGUUGGGUGGGUGGGACCAAGACACCUUGAUUCUGAGUGCUUGCAGGAGGAGGAAGAUAACAGGAAAUAUCAACCUGACAGUCAGCAGGCUGCAGCAAUUCAAAUAAAAGCAUUUGCUCUGA